UGUGUGGCAGGAGAGGCAACAUCAUGAAGCUGAAGCUCCCCAACCCAGGCCUGGAGGACAGGAUCCUCACCCACGAGCAGCUGGAGAGGCUGGAGGUGGAGGAGGCUGGGGACAGGCCCAAAUGGGACAACAAGACCCAGUACAUGCUGACCUGCGUAGGGUUCUGCGUGGGCCUGGGCAACGUCUGGCGCUUCCCCUACCUCUGCCAGAGCCACGGAGGAGGUGCCUUUAUGAUACCCUUCCUGAUCCUGCUAGUCUUUGAGGGAAUUCCACUCUUACACCUGGAGUUUGCCAUCGGCCAGAGGCUCAGAAAAGGAAGUUUGGGAGUCUGGAGGACGGUGAACCCCUACAUGCUUGGAGUUGGCAUAUCAUCGAUGUUUGUGUCCCUCCUGAUCAGUCUGUACUACAAUACCAUCAUCGCCUGGGUCAUGUGGUAUUUCUUCAACUCCUUUCAGGACCCUCUGCCAUGGAGCCAGUGUCCCUUAAAUGCUAACCAGACAGGCUACGUGCCGGAGUGCGAAAGGAGCUCCCCUGUGGACUUCUUCUGGUAUCGCCAGACCCUUAACACCACCGCUGUGAUCGACGACACUGGAGGCCUGCAGUGGUGGAUGGUGCUGUGCCUAGUGAGCGCCUGGGGAGUGCUGUACAUCUGCUGUAUUCGUGGCAUUGAGACCACGGGGAAGGCUGUCUAUGUCACCUCGACUCUCCCUUAUGUCGUACUCACCAUCUUCCUGAUCAGAGGGCUCACUCUAAAAGGAUCAUUAGAUGGAAUC